ACUCCAUCCACCCAUUCAUUCAUCCACCCAUUUUCCAUUUAUUUAAACACUAUCACUCUCUUCAAUCCUUCAUCCUUCCAAAGACACCCCAAACAACAAAACAAGAAGAAGAAAAAAAAAAAAGGAUACAAUGGCAAGUUUAACAGCUGCAACAUUGAGCAUCCCAUCCUUCACAGGCCUCAAAGCCAUUAACAAAACAACAACAACAACAACAACAACAACAACUAUAAGCUAUUGUUCAAGUAAUGCAAAGAUGUGCAUCAAGGCCUCUCUGAAAGACGUCGGUGUUGCGGUUGCCGCCACGGCAGCAAGUGCAAUACUUGCAAGCAAUGCCAUGGCUGUGGAAAUAUUGCUUGGAGGCAAUGAUGGUUCACUGGCUUUCGUGCCGUCGGAGUUCUCUGUGUCUUCUGGAGAAAAGAUAGUGUUCAAGAACAAUGCCGGGUUCCCGCAUAAUGUCAUUUUCGAUGAGGAUGGAGUGCCGGCAGGUGUCGAUGCGACGAAGAUAUCAAUGAGUGAGGAGGACCUUAUGAAUGCACCAGGAGAGACUUACAGUGUUACACUGGACAAGCCAGGAAGUUAUGUCUUCUAUUGUUCACCUCACCAGGGUGCUGGCAUGAAGGGAGUAGUUACUGUUAAUUAG